AUGCUAGCAGUCAACUCGAGCGUGUCAGACUCGACGGGCUACUCCCCAGCAUUUCUCACGCAAGGGCGGGAGCCACGUCUACCAAACAGCCUGUACGACAGAGAAACCAUAGGGACAGGAAAGGCAGCAGAAACGCCAGAAGAGAAUGCAAAGAAGCUGCGGGAGUUGUUCGAAGUCGUGCGUCGGAAUUUGGAGAAGGCUGCCCAGGACCAAAGCAGGCACUACAACCUGAGGCGGAGAGAGUGGAACCCCAAGGUGGGAGACAUAGUCUGGGCCCGAGAACACCAUUUAUCUAAGGCUGUCGAAGGUUUCGCUGCAAAGCUGGCACCAAGAUACGACGGGCCGUACCAGGUCACGGACUUCACAUCGCCAGUGAUUUGCAAAAUACGCCACCAGAAAACACAAAAGGAGCGAACAGUGCACAUAAGCGGGCUUAAACAACAACAACAGACAGAAGACGCCGGACCGGACGAGAAGGCGGCGCGAUCCAAUCAAAACUAA